CGACAUUGCAGCGUUUAGUUUGCGUAACCAGAGAAGAAGAAGAAAGUCGGAAAUGUUUGAGGUGUAAACAAUCCAGUCACCCAAGUCGAGUUACUAAUGAAAUCCCUUAUUUGAAGUGUUUAACGUGUGCGGGCUGUCAGCGGCCACCAUGCCUUAUCUGGGCACCGAGGACACCGUGAGGGAGUUGAGGAGAGCUCUGUCCAACCCCAACGUCCAGUCUGACCAUCUGCGCUACAGGAACACUGUCCUCAAAGUCAUCAGGACGAUGUCACAGGGUGUAGAUGUGUCAGGCCUGUUCAGUGAGAUGGUAAAAGCUUGCGCCACAGUAGAUAUAGUCCAGAAGAAACUGGUCUAUGUCUUCCUGUGUUCCUAUGCUGCUUUAAACCCAGAGCUGUCUCUGCUGGUCAUCAACACACUGAGGAAAGACUGUCAGGAUCCCAACCCUAUGGUCCGCAGCCUGGCUCUGAGGAACAUGACCAAUCUCAGGUUACCCAGUCUGGUGGAGUAUGUGGAGCAGCCUCUGACAGCAGGACUCAGGGACAGAGCAGCUUGUGUACGACGAGUGGCCGUGCUCGGCUGGGCCAAACUACACAGUCUCCAGCCCAGCUCAGAAAUAGAUGCUGCAGUGGUGAAUGAGCUGUACAGCCUGCUGAGAGACCCAGACCCCGUGGUAAUGGUGAACUGCCUCCGUGCUCUGGAGGAGAUCCUGAAGGAGGAGGGAGGAGUUGCUAUUAACAAACCUAUUACCCAUCACCUCCUCAACAGGCUGAAGGAGUGUGACAUUUGGGGUCAGUGCGAGGUGCUGAGGAUCCUCCAGCGCUACCAGCCUCAGUCAGAGGACGAGCUCUUUGACAUCCUGUCUCUGCUGGAUGCCUCCCUGGUCAGCCCCCACCCUCCAGUCAUGGCCGCCACGCUCAGCCUCUUCCCCACCCUCUGCGCUGUCAGCCUGGCGGCCGUGGAGCGGUUCCGUGCGCCGCUGCUGGCCGCCUGUGGGAGCGCAUCCAGAGAGAUGAGGUUCACUGCCCUCUGCCACAUACAGUUGCUGUUGCGUUCUCUCCCUGGCCUGAUGUGCGCUCACUACAAACGUUUCUUUUGUGGCUAUGCUGAGCCAGCAUACAUCAAGCAAAGGAAGAUGCAGGUGCUGGUGGAGCUGGUGAAUGACGAGACUGUAGCAAUGUUACUGGAUGAGCUAAAAGGAUACUGCACUGAUGUCAAUGCUGACACUGCUCAGGCUGCAAUCUCAGCGAUAGGUCGUAUUGGACGGAGCUACAGCGACAGGUGUCUAGAGAUCCUUACUGGGCUGCUUGGGCUCAAACAGGAACACAUCACCUCUGCGGUGGUGCGGACCAUGCGUGACCUGGUCUGGGUGUGUCCUCAGUGUAGCGACACAGUGUGUUUGGGUCUCGAGGGCUGCGAGGAGACGCUGCAGGAUAGCCAGGGCAGGCAGGCCUUGCUGUGGCUGCUGGGCAUGUACGGGGAGCGAGUCUCCAGCGCUCCAUACACAUUGGAGGUGUUCAUUGAUGGAGUGAGGAGUGAGGCCUCUCUGGGAGUCAAGAUGGAGCUGCUGACAGCCACCAUGAGGCUGUUUUUGUGCCGACCUGCUGAGACACAGGACAUGCUUGGAAGACUGCUGCACUACUGCAUAGAGGAGGAGACAGACAUGUGUGUACAUGACCAGGCACUUCUCUACUACCGCCUGUUGCAUUGUGGGAUAGAAGAGACACGAAAAGUCCUCCAGGGUCGAAGGUCAGACCCUUCCCUGGGUGUCCUGAUUGGCCGCCCUGCAGAGCCCAUCAGCCAUUGGGCACACAGCUUUAACACUCUGGAGCCUCUGAGGCAGAGUGCUGUAGAAACAGAGUCAGCCAGCAGAGGAAGUCCUGAACAUGUGACUUUUGACCCCAAGCCUAGCACUGACCUCUCAGACACACUGAACUGUAGCCACGCUGAGAAGGUUCAGACAGGCUCAGACAGCACCUGCUCUGCUGAUGACCUGGCUUCCAGCAUCAUGGUCCCCCUCAGUUUGUCCCUCUCCCCAGCUCUCAGCCCAGAGGAGUUUGAGCACCUGUGGCUGUGGAGACAUGCUGAGCAAGGUGUUGAGAAGACGAAAGAGGAGGAGGAUUAUGUGUGCAUGGAGGAGCAUGUCCAUUGCCCUGCGAUACCUCUCUGUUCCCCACAAAGCAUUCAGGCUGCGAUGCAACUGGUCAAUAUCCAGACGCUGGCCUUCACGCCACCGUACACACUCCCUUGGAGGGUCUACCUGUACACACACACCCAGCACACACGCUCUGCUGACACACCCCACAGCACGCUCAUACUGGGGGAGCUGCUGUACACUGGAGAGGCAAAUCAGAAAGCUAUAGGUGACCGAGAAGUGAUGGUGGAGGGUGAGCAGGAGAAUGAGGGUGAGGAGGCCACAGCUGAUGGGCUGAGCGGGAGAGAGAUGGCGAGAAAGGACAGAGAAAAAGAGGGAGUAAAAGUCACUCUUAAACAGCAACCAAGAGAUGAUGAAGCUUUGAAGGGAUUUCUCACCAUCCUUACCACUGUACUGCACACACUGUCCUCAGAAAGAGCUUAGAUAUGCAUUACGCACACACACAUACACACACCCUUCAAAGGAUGCUCACUGACCAUUUCAUGACUGUAAAAUACUCCCCUGCAGAACUGGCAAAAAACUGACUUUGCAGUCACUUUGGACUUUGCACUUUGGAUUAUCAGGCUCAAACGGGACUGUGGAAAAUCACAAAGAGAAUAUACACAGGUGGAAGGCACACACUUCCCCUUUCAGCUUCUACAUUUCAAAGCAUGAGCAAACAAGGAAGCAUUCAGUAGAGGAGUAAACUUCAGCUGAAGGUCGUUAACCUCCUCAGUUUGCUGUUUUUUUCCACAGUCAGGCCAUAAUAAGCGGAUUAAAAUGUUCAGAUUAGGUCAUGUUUGGCCUAAUAGAGGCACUACAGGUGCAUCUCAAUAAAUUAGAAUAUCAUGGAAAAGUCAGUUUAUUUCAGUAAUAAAUGAACUUUUCCACGAUAUUCUAAUUUAUUAAGAUGCACUUGUAUGGAGGUGUAGUCUCACUUUGUCAAAAUCGACAGUCAUUUCACCACUUAGGGCUGAGAGAUAAUGCUGUUUAUCUACAAACACAGGCUGGAGAAAGAGGGGUGUGGUUCAUGUAGAGGUGGACAGGCACCUUGGAACUGAAGGGCAGUAUGGCUGCUGUUUUUAUUGUGGUGGUGGACGGGGGGUUAAGAAACACCUGAUAUGUCUUUUCUGAUCUGUCAUGAUAAUGGCGAGCUGAAAGUAAAUGCAAACACAUUAGCUCAUUUAACAUGAUAAACAUAUGGACUGCAUUGUUAUCAUAGGCUGCACUUCUAUAGCUAGACUGGAUUCACAGUACAGUAUCCUUUAUUCAAAAAGAACAUUUCAGAUAUUCACUGUGAGGACAAAUUACAUCACUUUCACUGCCAGAUAUCCUCAAAAACAUUGUUGAUAUACAAGAAAGACCUUUCCAGAUAUCCACAAUGUAAUUUCGAAUAUCUAAAAAGAAUUGUCUAGUAAAAUAUCAAUAUGGAAAUCCACAGUUUGUAUUGUAACUAAUAACAAUGCAAUUUCAGAUAUGUACAUGUAGAAUUAUGACUUGAAACAGUGCAGUUGCAGACACCCACAAAUGUAUUGCAGAUUUCUGUAAUGGCUUUUCAUUGUGGAUAUGUGAAAUAAAAAAAAGGCUAGU